AACCAAGCAAGAUCCGGUUCAGAUCCGGUUAAUUGUCAUCCUUAUGAAGAAAUCAAUGGAAGCACACACAGAGAGGGAUGGAAGGGAGGAAGGGGCGAGUGUGCGUGACGGGUGGAACCGGCUAUUUGGCGUCGUGGCUUAUAAAGAGGCUUCUUCAACACGGCUAUUCCGUCAACGCUACCGUCAGGCCCCAACGUUCUGGCAAGAAGAAAGACCUCAGCUUCCUGCAAAACCUAGGUGGUGCAAGCGACCGGCUCCGCAUCUUCGACGCCGAUUUCGAAAAUCCAGAUAGUUUUGGAGCUGCGAUUGAAGGAUGCGUAGGAGUUUUCCACGUUGCUCACCCCACAGAUUUCCCGGAGACAGAGACUGUGGAAUCAAUCAGCCAAAAAUGCGUGGAUGCAACUUUAGGGAUUCUGAGAGCUUGCGUCGACUCAAACACGGUGAAGCGCGUGGUGUACACGUCCAGUCUGUCGACGGUCGCGGUGAGGGAGAAGCUCCCCGACGUGGUGGACGAGGAUGUGUGGAGCGAUGUCGAUUUUGCUAGAAAUUUGAGCAAAACUGGAGCUUCUUACUUCGUUUCAAAGACAGCCACUGAGAGGGCUGCUCUUGAGUUCGCGGAGAAGCAUUGUCUGGAGGUAGUGAGUGUGAUCCCUAGUUGGAUCCAUGGCCCCUUCAUCUGCCCCAGCUUGCCCAGAUCAGUCUGCUCUUCUCUGGCUCUGUUUCUCGGCAACGAGAGGCGUAUCAAGCAUAGCACGGUGACUCCGAUGGUGCACACAGACGACGUAGCUAUGGCGCACAUACACCUCUUUGAGCAUCCUCAAGCUAGAGGGCGGUACCUUUGCUCGUCUGUUGAAGUUAAAUAUGAGUAUCUGCGCGAGUUUCUUCGCAGGAGGUAUCCCCACUUUCUUUGCAGUGAUGAGUUUCUUUGCAGAUCUUCACGUGUUCCUGCAAUUCCAUUCACGACCAUUUCAUCCAAGAAGUUGUUGGGAACUGGCUUCACCUAUAAAUAUGGGCUCGAGGAGAUGUAUGAUGAGGCCAUUCAAUGUUGCAAUUUCAUUGAAUGUUGCAAGCAGAAGGGGUUUCUGUGUUUGUACACUGCAUUUCAGCAUCCGAUGCUACUUUGAUGAAUGGGCUACUCAUUUCUUUGCAGAUCUUUGUGUGUCGUAAUUUUUCUUUCUUGGAAGCAACUUCGUAGUUUUGUGAUCAUCUUCUUGACAUAUCAGUUUGUCUGUA